AUGAAGAACGGAUCAAGCUUUCUCUCAGAUCUCAAAAAAUGUGUACAUCGGUAUGUUGAGGAAGUACAAUUUGAGUCUGCAUGGGAAGAAUUACGGAUUAACUAUGGGGUUGAAAAUAAUUCAUGGUUAAAUCGUUUGUAUGAACUUAAAGAGAAGUGGGUCAGAUAUUAUAUGAAUAAUACAUUUGCAGGAGGUAUACGGAGUACACAACUGAGUGAAAGUAUAAACGCUGAUUUGAAAAACUAUACAAAAUCUACUCUAGAUGUUGUGCAGUUUUUUAAGCAUUUUGAAAGGGUAAUCAAUGACAAGCAUGCUAAUGAAUUGAAGGCUGAAUUUGAUGCAAGAAAUAAGCUCCCAAAGAAUAUGUUUUCCCGUAUAAAAAUUAUUAAACAUGCAGGAGAAGUUUACACUUCAGAAAUCUUUAACUUAUUUCAAGAUGAGUUUUUAAUGGUUGGUGAUUGCCACAUUAAAUGGAAGAAUGAAAGUUCUAGUCUGCGGGAGUUUGGUGUUGGUAUAGAUGAUCAGGAGAUUGAAUUUAAAGUUGAGUGUAAUCCAUCUGAGUCUAUUGUUCAAUGUAGCUGUAGAAAGUUUGAGACAUUUGGCAUUCUAUGUUGUCAUGCAUUGAAAGUUUUGGACUUGUUAGAUAUCAAGUCAAUUCCUACAGCAUAUAUUUUGAGUAGAUGGACACGUGCUGCAAAAAGCAUGAUGAUUGAAGAUAGCAGGGAAAAAGUGAUUGUGGAACAUGUUAAUUUGGCUUCCACACAACAUUAUAUAUUGCUAUGCCGUAAACUGGUAAAACUUGCAUCCGAAGCAUCCAAUUCAGUAGAUGGAUAUGAUUUGGUGAACAAUGCUGCUACUGACUUGUUUAAACAAGUACACAAUCUUGUCAAGGAUGCCCCACACCAAGUUGAGUUAACUGAGGAGCCUAAUCUGAAUAUUGCUAAAGGGCUUAAAAAGAAAGAGAAGAAAAAGAUAGAGGGCAAAAAUACUACAAAGCGAUUGAAAAGUUGUUUGAAAACACAGGGAAAAAGGACAAAAAGCCCUACACCAUCUAAUUUAGUAAGUUUGACUUAA